AUGGCGCUCGAGGCCCCUCUGCGGUCAUCGACAGGACACUUGCACUUUCCGUUCACCAGGGAGGGAGAGAUGUCUGCAUCGCCAGAGGCCGACGGGCUUCGCGCUCCCAUGAGAGUCGUGUCAUCCCCACCCGCCGUUACGGAUUCGUCCAUGCUGCGACCAAGUUCGGCUCAAAGGAUCUCGUCCCACCCCAUGAACGUUCUCAGCCCAAGUGAUAUCGUGGGCCCGUCGCCAGUGACGUCGAAUGGCACAGAGACUACCGAGAUCGAAGACGACGUGUCGGAGGAGGUGCAGCAGGCGCACACAACGGAUCAGGACGCGUUGCGUCGCUCAGAGCUUCUCAUGCUCAGCACAAACCUACCAGAGCAUCUACGUCAGCCCACCAGCGAGGAGGCAGUGUCUGUUAUCCACGCUCCUGAGAGCUUUGCCAGCUGGACAUCUACGGAGCCUACUGCUCAGGCCAGCCAGCCAAGCGAGCGGUCUUCCCCAAGAGAUAACGACAAUGACCCCGCAACCCUCAAGGAGACAAAUCGCAAGUCUCUGCCGCCUCCAACCCGACCGCCAAUCUCGACCGAUGUCAAGCCUGUACGGCACAGCAUCGACAGCGCCGCGACUCCACGGGCCCAAGACCUGCAGGAUAUGCUGAGCGAUAGCAGCAGGCUACGGUCAAGCAGCACAAGCAGUCUAGAGAAGAUUGAUGAGCAAACGGAGGCAGAAGGAGACGAUUACGAAGAUGACGAUUAUUCGGGCAUUCCAGAUAUCAGGCCCGUCGACGACGAGAUUACUGCUUUGAGGUCAGCGCUCCAAGAGUGCUGGACGCUGUGCAACACCUUGGCCAAUCUGAGCUCUAUACACCGAACCAGGGUCUUUAACAAUUCAGGAACUCCAGAUGCCCAUGAAAAAGCCUGGAAGUCAUGCUGGAGGCUAUGCCAACGCCUAUAUGAGAACCAGGAUGAGGACUCUGGUUCCAUGAAUGUCCGCAUGAACCUCGAUUUGUGUCGAGACUUCUGUCAGGCCUUGUUCGACAUUCGGCAGCGCAAGGAUGAGACGGCAGACUCCGUCCUACGGGUCAGCUUCGAGUUGAAUAAUCAUUUGUAUAGCGCCCAGGACAGCCGGAAUCUGCCAGAGGCAUUCAGGGAGCGGACUUUGGACUUUUAUAUCACGCUUUGCCAUCGACUCAUGAAGCAGCGCGGCGAGCUCGCUGAAGAGACUGACCACCUCUUGAGUGCCUGCUGGAGUCUGGCGGAGAUGCUCUUCAGUCUCCGGCAAAAUAGAAGAGACGGCAGGCCGCCCGAUGAGGAGCUUCUCGGUUCGGCUGUCCAGGCAUGCUGGGAUCUUUGCGACAUAUUCAGAGAUGGUUGGACACAGAUACGGCCAGACCGAAACACGCCAAGGCCCAGCCAGACGAGCUUCUUUCCACCGCAGCCGAGUGACCAGACCGGGCGCGAGAGCAGGCAGUCAAACCGCUCCUCUCUGCACUCCAAGCGAGAGAGCGUGAAGAGCGCCCACCAAGAGGAGCGACCAAGGAAGCCGCCACCCGUCCCAGAAACCCCAGUCACAGAAUUCGAAGACACGCCUGUCUCUCCGGAAAGCCGAUCACCACAGAUGCCGAACAUCAUGGUGCUUGGCACCACCAGCGAUAAUGGUCGCGGUGGCCGAUGGUCGAGCAACGCAUCCAACAUGUCAAGCUACUCACGAAGCAGCAACCGCACAUCAAGCACUGCCACCACCACUACAGCAACGGAGGAUCCAAAUAUUUCUCGGUGCAAGGUGCUGGUGGUCCGCGCGGCAAUGAAUCUUGGAUUUGACCGAGAGACCAUCACGGACCCGAAGACUGGCGCGGCUGUGCUGCAAAAGUUCGUCCAAGGACUUCCGACAGGGUCUUUCGGCUCGUUGCCCGGCCACGCCGCUCUUCUCCAGCAGUACAAGAACGCGGUCCUCACGGACUCCUUCCUGCCUCGCAACCAAGCGCUCCCUGCCCAUGGGAAGCGUGUCACUGCGCAAGACAUGGCCAAGAGCGUGCAGGCCAUGAGCAACAGCUCAUCGCGAUAUGGAUACUUGCGAGAGCUCUUUAAAUUUGUCUUUCAAUUCUCCGUCGACGAAGCAGAGGCACGAAGAAACGUUAGCAUUGUGGUAUGA